GAAUAAAACAAAAAUUAAAUAUAAUAUCAACAUGAAUAAUGGAAGUAAUAAACGCCUCCAAAAGAAACUGAGCGUUUCUAAGAAGCCAGAUGUCAAAGUGGAUUCACCCCUGGCAAAGUAUGACUCCUCAGGAACCUUGACCUGUAUAAUUUGCAGGAUUCCCAUCAAACCCAGCGUGUGGAAGGUGCACAUCAACUCGAAGCAACACAAACAGAAUGUGGAUCAGGCCAAGCAGAAUAAGAUAGAAAAGCCGGUUACUACUAGAGUUUUCAAGGAACCAUCAGUGCCCUCUUCUGUAUCUGUUCCUACCAUCCCAACAUCCACAUCUCAUCCGGAUAAAACUCCACAGACCAGCAGCCAGGAAAAGAAUCCUGCCAUUAUUCCGGAGAAAACCCCUCAACCAAAUGCGAGCAACAAGACUGCAACCGAAUCUGCUUCCGAAAAACUACCAGAAAAGUUCUUCGACGAGGACAAGACCAGUAAAACCGAAGCAGCCCGUCUGCAGGACGAAGAAUGGCAGCGAUUCCAGCAGGAGAUCAAGAGAGCCGAAACGGUGUCCAGUGUUAUUGUGGCCGACGAGCAGGAGGACAUCAAUCUCAAGCGGCACAUCAAGGAAAUCGACGAGCAAAUCGAUAACUGGAAGAGAUUCAUUAAAAUCAACGAUCAGAAGACGUUGCUCUUGAAUAAAAAGCGAAGAGUUAACCCCAAAGUAGAAGUAGAUCCUGAAUUGAGUUCAGGAAGCGAGGAAGACGAAAGUAUAGAUGAUUUGUUCGACUGGAGAACGAAAAACUUGCAUAGAUAGAAAACGUAUUGCAUUAAAAUGUUGCUGUUAAAACACACUCAAAAUU